AUGGACGUGUUGUCGCUUAUAGUGUCGCCUUUCCAAUGCGGAUUCGCCUCGCUGGUGAAGCAAUGCACCAAGAGGCGUCGCCCCAAGGCCAGGUGGACAUGUAGAUGCGCAUCUAUGCGGUGACGCAUCUCACCUGCAGAUCUGGCUCACGCUCUGUGUGUGCGGCUCUCUCUCUGUGUGUGUGUCAGGUACCCGUGUUUCCCCGCUGUGCCUGACGAGGAGCUGAAGAGAGAAACCGGGCGAGGCCACACAAAGAUGGUGCGCUGAGUGUCCGUCCCUUCAUUUGUGCGAGGUCCAAAUGUGUGUGCGAAUGUAUAUGUGUGUAUAUUCAUAGGGUAUUCACAUCAAGCGAUGAAUCAGUGCAGGACGACGAGAAGGGUACACACACAGACACCCCAAGACAUACAUAGACUUAUGGCUGGGCCACUCAGAUACAGGUCAGCUGACCGGCUCCCUCGUCGGCCGUCAGGUGUGGCGCUAUGUGGGCGAGUCAGGUGCGCACCCACACGCCUGAAGACGGAUGCAUGGCAUGAAUGCCCUACACAGAUUACAUUGAGGGUGUCACUGUACACGUGUGUCUGCGUGUGUGCGUGUUUCUUUGCAGGUGCCUCGUCAGCCGACGACUCGUUCGAUCCACACAUCAAUCCGAACGCCGCUGACAAACCGCUGAGGUGCACACACAUCCGCUCAUGUGCACACAUACACAUACAGACAGACACACAGCUGGCACACACAUGGAUGGACCAUGGGUGGAUGGAGGCGUUUCUAUCUGUAUGAGUAGCGGAAUCCAUGUGCGUCGUUCGUUCGGCGACAUCAAAGUCGACUACUCGUAUACAGAAUGA